ACUAAAACUAUGCGAGGAGCAUUGAUCAGCUCAUCCGACGGCCACGAAUCCUUGAAGGCUGAAUUGGUUCAUCAUCGGAAGCAGAAGCAGAGAACGAGCGAUCCCCUCCCGGACACGACGCCCCUAUCGCUCGCUGCUUCCGGUGCCGCGUGUCAGCGUGCGCAAAGCUCACCCUCAUCGCCGCCGCCACCGCCGCCGCCGCUCAACCCAUCCCGCCGGCCCCGCCCUGUUCCAUGGCCGCCAAGUGGGCCCAGAAGACCGUCGUCAUCCCUGCCCAGCGCCGCGGCUGCCACCUCAUCACCCCCAAGGUUUUGAGGGAGAUUGAGGGCGAUCUCUCCGGGUUCAAGUGCGGCUUGGCGCAUCUGUUCCUGCAGCACACAAGUGCUUCCCUGACCAUCAAUGAGAACUAUGACUCUGAUGUGCAGGCUGACACCGAAACAUUCCUUAACAAAAUUGUCCCAGAGGUCAGUGCUCUGAUUUUUUUUCUUGUCUUAUUCCGAAGUGUGAUCACUUACGUGUUGCUUCACUGUGUUGAUUAUUGUCAGGGCCGAUCUGCUCCUUGGAAGCAUACUAUGGAAGGACCGGAUGACAUGCCAGCACAUAUUAAAUCAUCAAUGUUUGGCUGUGCUCUGACAAUUCCUAUAACUGAUGGACAUCUCAACCUGGGCACUUGGCAGGGCAUAUGGCUGUGCGAACAUCGUGAUCAUGCCAGCGCCCGUAAAAUCGUGGUCACCCUCAACGGGAUCUAAACGGAGUAUUAGAAACCUGGAGGAAGGAGGAAUGCUGGGCAGCUUUAAGCACCAGCAUGGAAAAUCAGGACCUGAGAGCUUUGAACAUGUCGUGUACGGAUCGUCGGUCUGUAUGUAUGAAUGAGUAGUGCAAAAUUUCAAUAAAUUGGGAGCCAACAUGAGUGUUCAAAAUGUGGGACGCACCCGGUUGUUUGAAUAGAACAUAAGAGUUUUUUGUCCAUGUAGUUGAAGAAAUCUGUCUUUUUUUAUAUGAAUGAAGAAAGAAACAUGCCUUGCAAA